AUGGCGACGGUGACGAUCAAAGAGAUCCCGACGACGCCGAUCGAGGGACAGAAGACGGGCACGAGUGGACUUCGGAAGAAGGCGGCGGUGUUUUCGGAGGGGAAUUACCUGGCGAACUGGGUGCAGAGUUUGUUCAGCGCGCUCGGGGAUGAGAGCCGAGGCGAGGCGAUGGUGCUCGGCGGCGACGGACGAUGGUUCAAUAAGGAAGCGUCGCAGAUCAUCCUGAAGCUCGCGUGCGGGAAUGGAGUGAAGAAGAUGUACGUCGGACGAGACGGGUACCUGUGCACGCCGGCGGCGAGCGCGGUGAUUCGGGCGAGGAAGGCGUUCGGCGGGUUCAUCAUGAGCGCGUCGCAUAAUCCGGGCGGACCGAAUGAGGACUGGGGGAUCAAGUUCAACUACAGCUCGGGUGAACCGGCGCCGGAGAAGAUUACCGAUGCGAUUUACGGGUUCACGCAGACGGUGUCGACGCUGAAGAUGGCGGAUAUUCCGGAUGUCGAUUUGAGCGUGUGCGGCGUCACCAAGUUCGGUGACUUUGAGGUUGAGGUUAUCGAUCCGGUCGAGGAUUACUUGAAGCUCUUGAAGGAAGUCUUUGACUUUGAUUUGAUCAAGUCUUUGCUCUCGCGCUCGGACUUUAAGAUGCAGUUCGACGCGAUGCACGCGAUCACCGGCGCGUAUGCCAAGCCCAUCUUUGUCGACCAGCUCGGCGCGCCGCCGAGCUCGUGCGUGAACGACGAACCGAAGGAAGACUUCGCGGGUGGACACCCGGACCCGAACCUCACCUACGCCGAGGAGUUGGUCAAGGUCAUGUUCUCCGCGAGCGCGCCGGAUUUCGGCGCCGCCUCCGACGGCGACGGCGACCGUAACAUGAUCCUCGGGAACAACUUCUUCGUCACUCCGAGCGACUCGGUGGCCAUCAUCGCCGCCAACGCGGUGGAGUGCAUCCCGUACUUCAAGUCUGGGCUCAAGGGCCUCGCUCGCUCCAUGCCGACCGCCGCCGCGCUUGAUCGCGUCGCCGCCGGUCUCGGCGUCGAGUGCUUUGAGACGCCGACGGGUUGGAAGUUCUUCGGUAACCUCAUGGACGCCGGUCGCUGCUCGGUUUGCGGUGAGGAAUCCUUCGGCACCGGCGCAGAUCACGUCCGCGAAAAGGAUGGCAUGUGGGCCGUGCUCGCGUGGUUGUCUAUCUUGGCAUACCGCAACAAGGACGUCCCCGUCGGCGGCAAGCUCGUCGGCGUGAAGGAAAUCACCGAGGAGCACUGGGCCAAGUACGGACGUAACUUCUUUUCUCGAUACGAUUACGAGGGAUGCGAGUCUGAUCCGUGCAACGCCAUGGUUGAAGCACUCCGCGCCAAGGCAGCCUCGGCGAAGAAGGGCGACAAGUACGGUGACUACGAACUCGAUUACGCGGACGACUUCGAGUACACCGACCCAAUCGACGGCUCCGUGGCGAAAAAGCAAGGCGUGCGCUUCGUCUUCACCGACGGCUCGCGCUUCAUCUUCCGCCUCUCCGGCACUGGCUCCUCGGGCGCCACCGUUCGCAUGUACAUCGAGCAGUACGAAGCCGACAAGAGCAAGCAAGGCGUUGACGCCCAAGUCGCCCUCGCUCCGCUCAUCAAGAUCGCCCUCGACACGAGCGAUCUCGAGAAAUUCACCGGUCGCAAUGCACCCACCGUCAUCACGUAA